AUGUUAAUAAGCCAAUUUGGGGCUCAACAGCAGUCGAAUAGUAAUUUCUACUGUUUGAGAAACUGCCAAAUUAAUGAGGGGAUCAGGAGGACUUCAAAGUUGACUGGUCAAAAGCGCAAAGCUAGUGAAGCUAGCACACCAUGUUCUGCCCAAACCACAAGGACACCGCCACACGUGGUGUCUUGGAGGUUCAAGCGUUACACCGACCCGGUUCCGCGGUAG